UUUAAAACGCAAAAUGGACUCGUCGGAAGAAGUUCUUUUUGAGGAAGUGGAAGAAGUAAAUGACGCGCUAGUCGAUUUAUUGCUGAGUUUUGAACUCUCGGAACAAGUUGUCAAUUGCUUUCUUGCAAAUCAAUACACCGUGGAAACGUUGAAAAUUGUCGAACGCAAGGAAAUCGAAGAAUUAAUACCACCGCCAUUUCUUGCUGAACGGACGAAGUGCAUAUAUGGAUUGAACGCUUGGAGAUACGGACAGGGAUUACCGUCGCUAUCGUCAAACCAAUCAUCGGACAGCACCGCGGCUUCAUCGCAGCUGGUAAAAAGAGUUUUUACAGCAGAAAAUCUUACUCGAGAACGUUGCAACGCAAAUUACUUGCUUAACGCGUCAUCAAAAGGUCGAGCCAUCCUUCAAAAAUACCAAACAUUUUUAUCAAGAGCUGAUAAGAGGACCAUCACUCACAUCGUUGUUGAUGAGUUCAAGGAUCGAUUUGGAAAAUUAACCCCAUCUGAGCUACGGGACAGAGCAUCCGAGCUAGGAAAGCAAUUUCCAGGAGAGCCAGAGGACGGAUGGUACCAGCCUACAUUCAUCAAAAACGGUGCGGGUCGAAAAAUCAAACUUCGAAAACAGGCUAAAGGACGACUAUACGACAGGAAUAUUAACUACAGAGAACCAAUUGAAGAUAAUCAGGAUGACUUGCAGCAACCGUCAACAUCCGGUGUGAAGCCUUUUGAAGCGGAGAAGAUAGUUUCGGAACAGCAAGCUUCAGAAUAUCAACAAACCAAAGCCUGGUUCGUACACAACCAAGACGAGUGGGAAGAAGUGAAGCAAAAGUGGAAAGCAACCAGCAGGCUAAGAUCGUUGGAACUUUCAAAAAAAUCCAGUUGGACCAGUUCCUCGAUCUUGGCUGAGUAUCCAACAUUGAGGAAUCAUCAAGGGUAUCAAUUAGUCCAGAUUGAUUUUUUGCAUAAGUUCCCAGCAAAGGAGACGCUUCUGUUCGAUCGUUGGUCAGCAUUUGUGGAAGGUAUUCGUUCGAUAUUGGAUAUUGAGGUAACAGAUGUUGAUGGAAAAUAUCUUCUGUCUUUGCUUGAUAGUGAGGAUUUAUCAUCAGAUACUCGCAAUUUCGUCAUCGUAUCAUUGUUGUCACAUAUUCUGCCAAGUCCUCAUCUAACUUGUUCUGGAAAACGACGGUGGAAACCAUCAAUCCUCGAAACACGUCAAAGUGUGGUGAUUCAUAUCAACGAUCUGUCGGAAUUGAACGAAACAGUUGGUGGACUAUUCGAUAGAAGUCGCGAGAGAGGGAUCGAGACAACUCCUUUUAUACUGGUUCACGGAGAUUUCAAGAACCCUGUUGGCUUUCUUGUGUGGAACAAUGUUGUUUCCUAUAAGCUACCCAAUUUUCUGAAGGCUCUUGACAUUUGCAUGAAAAUAUUCAAAGCAUACAAUAUUGAUCACCCGCGACACUCAUCAGCAGUAUGGGACUUGCUUUCUACAUUCCUGUUUGACUUUGAUCCUGUUAGCGACAAGGCUACUAUUUCUACACUGUGUGCAGCUAUACGAAAGAAUCGGUCAUCACAAUGAUGUUGUGCAUAGUAAAAC